UGGCGUUCCUCUUUCUCGCGACUCACCGUCUGGAUCCGGUUCACUUCCCUGCCGGCGUCGCCUGUUUCCGCCUUGAGGUGGUUCCGAGGAAGUUCGUUGACGUUCACCCGAUGUAGUAGCGUCAUCCGAUAAUCCGCUACCCUCGCGAGCAGAUGGUCUGCGCCGCCUUGGCGUUCCUAGUGAUUGGCUUCUUUCCCCGGGUCUUACUUGAGGGCUCGUCCGACUGGUGGCGUGUGCUGUUGUGGAUGGGUUUCUCGGGGACAACAAUCCUCCUUCCUCCUCUGGGCCGCUUCCCAUGUCAAAGCCCGGGUCGAUGCCAACUCCCGUCACCCUUCGUGGGGCCACGACAGUCGGGGUCACUGUGUUUCUGCUAGUUUCGCCUCCUUGGUGGGGUGGGACAUGGUGUUCAUCCCAGUCGUCGUGGCGCCGGGCCACCCCCGCUACCCGCGGGAAUGGCGGCAGAGGUUGGCCGGGGUUGCGUAGGGCGUUCUGUACUGCUACGGUGUAUAAUGUGAGAUGCGAUUCGCACUCCUGGUCCAGGUGCACCAGGUAUUCCUGUACGUGUGGCGCAAUGUAGAUUCUGCCCCGGGGGAGCCGCAAUAGCACCUGAUACGGCCGUAUUCCAUGGGCGUAAAAUGUAGAGCGGUAUCUCUGGACCAACCGGUCCCACCCGUUGUCCUCGUUGCGGCCCCGAGGGAAGUAUAUGUAAACGCUUCAAGUAUAUGGUGUUAUUAUUGUACAGACAGCACUUCAGACAGCAGUACGCUGUAGUCGACAAACAUUCAUGUUGGUGAAAUGCGGGACAAGGGGUGAUGCUGCUGCUGUAGUCGAUUUGUAGUGUGUGGGCGUGGAGUUCAGUUGUGAGCACGCAAACGGGCUGCAGGGAUUGUAGGUGUACCUCCUCGGACUUGUGUAUUCUUUUCUUGCUAAGAGUGUGUGUGUCGUUUAGAUCUUCUGAUGGCUCUAGCUUUUUUGUGACCACGGACCGAGUCUUUGCUAGGUUUUGGGAUUAGCAACUGACACG